GAUACCUAUGCCGUCACAGUCAUGAUCUGUCGAUGUUGACUAGUUAUCUCCUUCCUUAGACCUUACCUAGACCUACAUACCUGCCUAGCUAGCUACCUGGGUAGCUCAGAAUCAGCUAUCAUCCCCGACUUACUCAUAAGAUCCUUCAAGGUCUUUGAUGUUGCCUGAAGUGUGACUCUUGUUGUACAUACAUCUGAAUCAAAGUGACUCAUUGACAUCAACUUAUAUUAUACCGGCCCAAAUGAUCCCUCGCAUACACCCUCUACUUGCGACCGCCACCCAGUAAACAUGACAGGAAAAGGAGCUUCUAAACAGCUGCCGCAUGAGCGUAGGAAAGGCGAAGCCGCACUGAGCGACUUCGCCGAGUUCGUCGAGAAACAGCAAGCCCUGCGAUAUCCUGGCGCAAAGCCCGCCAGCUCUACCCAGCCAACAACCGAAUACCAUGAAGAAUUAGACAUACUCGAUUCUCUUAAUUUCAACGAAUCAGAACCCCAAAUUCCCUUGCGACAGCUGCUUCUACCCUCAGCCGAGGAUGCCGAAAAAAACGAGGCCAAGCUUGUUGAGCACAUCGGUGAGCGACUAGCGGAGGGCCAUGGUGAAGCUAUGUUCGACGUAGGCUUCGAAGACAACGGUGAAUCAAUGCGACUCACCCGCGAUGAAUGGGAUGUGGCCUUGACCCGCUUGAAAGAUGCCGCCAAGAAGCAUAACGCCGAUUGCAACGUCCUGCUCACAAAGAACGUUGGAGGUGACAUGGAGGCUGAGUCAACAGCGGGCAGUAACGAUAGCAAGGACAAGGUCAGGGACUGCACUGGAAAAAUAUUAGUGCGCCAGGCCCCUGCUACUGUCGAAGGAGUCAUUGAGACUCGCAUUGCUGUGGUUGGAAACGUCGACGCUGGCAAAAGUUCCAUGUUGGGUGUUCUAGUCAAGGGUGAUCUCGACGAUGGCCGUGGAAAGGCUCGUGUCAACCUCUUUCGCCACAAGCACGAAAUUGAGACUGGUCGGACUAGCUCAGUGGGAAUGGAGAUCAUGGGCUUCGAUACAGUCGGGAAUGUCAUCACCUCCGACACUCCUGGUAGAAAACUAUCGUGGGAGGAAAUUGGCAAGCGAAGUGCUAAAGUUAUUACUUUCACCGAUCUUGCCGGCCACGAGCGUUACCUAAGAACCACCGUCUUCGGGUUAUUAUCCAGCAGCCCCAACUAUUGCCUGCUUAUGGUAGCAGCCAAUAACGGGCUCAUUGGUAUGAGCAAAGAACACCUCGGCAUUGCCUUGGCGCUCAAUGUACCGAUCAUGGUGGUAGUCACCAAAAUUGACAUAUGUCCACCAAACAUUCUAGAGCAGACUAUUCAACAGAUCACCAAAAUCCUCAAAUCCCCCGGGGCUAAGAAAAUGCCCAUCUUCAUUAACAACCGGGAGGAGUGCAUUAAUACCGCUACCCAGUUCGUGAGCCAGAGGAUUUGCCCUAUUUUCCAGGUAUCCAAUGUUACAGGAAAGAACUUGGACCUUGUACGGACGUUUCUGAACAUCUUGCCUCACCAUGGGCGUUACGAUUCGGAAGCACCAUUUGAGUUCCAUAUUAACGAUACUUUCUCUGUUCCGUUCGUUGGUACUGUUGUUAGUGGUAUUGUCAAGUCCGGUGUUAUUCAUGCAGGGGACAAUGUCCUCAUUGGUCCCGAUUCACUAGGACAAUUCGUGCAAACUAGCAUUCGAUCAAUCGAGCGGAAACGAAUUGGUGUCCCGGCAGCCUCCGCCGGGCAGUCGGCGAGCUUUGCCCUUAAGAAGAUACGGCGGAAAGAUGUCAGGAAAGGCAUGGUAGUCCUACCAAAAGUCGAGGGUCAACCAGCUCCAAAAGUAUACCGAGAAUUCAUUGCUGAAGUUCUUAUUCUGUCACACGCGACCACUAUCAAGACAAAAUAUCAGGCGAUGCUACAUGUUGGGCCAGUUCAACAAACGUGUGCUAUCAUCGACGUGGACCGCCCAUUUAUUCGAACUGGUGACCGUGCGACGGUGGCAUUUCGCUUUGUCCAGCGCCCAGAGUAUCUUGCCCCCGGGGAUCGGCUGUUGUUCCGUGAAGGCCGAACGAAAGGCCUGGGAAUUGUAAAAUCCGUUGGAUAUGACCCGAAGAACCCAUUGGGGCCAAGACCAGCGGACGAUACCUCCAACGCGCCGGAGGAGUCUAAACCAUCCGCCGAUCAGGGCCUGCAAGCACCCCCGGGUGUGAGAGUUGGGGCCUGAAUUGCAUCAACCUAUUGCUAGCUGCUCGUUUGGCCGAUAACCAAUCCGCCACAGCCAAGGCAAGGCGAGGUAAGGGACAGCCUAUCACCACACGCCAGCUUGCUCGUGUAAUCGAACUUUAGUCCAUUACCUAUUACGUGUAUACGGCAUUCAUUGAAUUAUAGUAGGGCUGAAUGGAGUUUAAAAGGAGUUAGGCGUCACAUGAGAUCGAAACCACGACGUUAGACGCUCAGAGGAAUGAUUACAUGACAGCAUAACCGUCGCUAGGUAGUAUAUUUACCUUGUACCUUGCUUCCAUUGCUUACAUAGAAUACGCCGUAUAUACGGCAUAUUUAUAUAAAUUAUAGACAUGUGCAUGACCUUUUCCCUUGGCCUACA